GCAACACCCAAUUCCAUUUGGUCCUCCACCUCUUUUCUUCCUUGAAAACCUUACCACCCUUUAUUUCCCCACCAUGGCCAAAGCCAUCCCAAACGUCACCUCCACCAGCUUCACCAUCUUCUUCUUCUCCCUCCUCAUAGCGACAAAAGCUCAAGAAUUCUCAAGAAACCUCUCCCAGAAAAAACUAGGGCUCAAAAAAGAAAAGCUCAGCCACCUCCACUUCUACUUCCACGACAUCGUCUCCGGCAAAAACGCAACCGCAAUCCGAGUUGCAGAGGCUCCUAUGACAAACAAAUCCCCAACCUUUUUCGGAGCCGUGGUCAUGAUGGACGACCCGUUGACAAUAAAGCCUGAACUGAGCUCCAAACAAGUGGGAAGAGCACAGGGAAUCUAUGCCUCUGCAUCACUGAAUGAGUUAGGUUUCUUGAUGGUUCUUAACUUUGCUUUCACAGAAGGGAAGUACAAUGGAAGCAAUCUUAGUAUUUUGGGUCGAAACACUGUGCUUUCGACGGUGAGAGAGUUGCCGGUGGUCGGAGGGAGUGGACUUUUCAGAUUUGCAAGAGGGUAUGCUCAUGCCGAGACUCACUCGGUUAACUUCACCAGUGGUGAUGCUGUUGUGGAGUACAAUGUCUAUGUCUUCCAUUAUUGACCACUUGUUUUAGUUUCCAAGUCCACAGAAAAUAGAAAAAUACUCUUCAAAAAUUGAGAUUUUUUUUUUAAAAUUUGAUUUUCUUAUCAUUGGAUACGAAUGUAAUAAGAUUUAUAUUAAUGUUUACAUGUGUGAUUUAUAUUUUUAAGUCUAGUGAUAAAAAAAAUUUGAUAAGAAAUCUGUUUAUGUAUAAUUGUUAUUUGACAUUUUACUACUAAUGUAUUAUUAUUUUUGAGAGUUUUAAGAGCAUUUUGCAAGGAUUGAAAAAAUAAAAUAAGAAAGUUAUU